AUGAGCUCCUCGAACAUCUUCGGCACGAACAACGAAAUCUUCGGGAGCAACUUCAUGAACUCGCCCGUCUCGAGCAGGAGGACCAAAAACAGCAAGGGGAGCUUCCUCAACAGCAUGCUGAACGAAUCCAAGUACCUAAACCAGAGCAACACGGGGUCUCAGUUUCUGCGGUACGGACACACGCCCCUAGCGAUCAGAAGAAUCAAAUGCGCAAGAGCUGACAUUGGAGACGUGGGGAGGGAGGCCUUCAUGGAAGACGUAGAAUCGGGGAGACUCCCCCACUUUAUAGAUUCCAAUUUGGAGCAAAUAAAAGAAUUAUUCAACCAGUUUUUCGACGAAUUUAAUAUAACAAAUUACAGUGACGUUUUGCAGUUCACAGAUGAGGAUAGGAGCAUCACCGAGUAUAUCCUCCUGCACAGAGAUAACCUGAAGGUCUAUUUGGCUUACUACGGGUGGAAGAUGAUCAAAUUUAUAGAGACUGGCCGACAGAACGAAUGCAAACUGAACAACGAAGUGGAAGAAACGGAUUCAGAUGCAGUCAAAAAUAUGGAGCAUAUAAAAUCGUUCGAAGUGGACCUAACCCAUAUUUACUUCUUUAACAAAAAAUUAUACAAACUGAUUGUAGAGUACCCUUCAGACUGCAUCAGCGAGAUUGAUAAGAUUAUAAGUGCCAAAUAUAACUCCCUUUUGUCUUUGGUGCUCGAGGGGGAUACCAAGUCAAAUGCAUCAGAUAAGUAUUCCCUUACGAACGCCAAGCAGGACUACUGUAGAGUGCGAUUCUUUAACAAGAGGCAUAAAGAUACCCCCAGAAAGUUGGGACCCAACCAUAUAGAAACGCUAGUGUGCAUAAAAGGAGUCAUCAUCAGGUGCUCCAAUAUCAUCCCAGAAAUGACCAUGGCUGCUUUUAAGUGUACAUCCAAAAAGAGAAUAGGGGUUAAUAAUUACGAAAAGUGCAACGAAGAAGUGUAUGAACAUGUCAUCCAAGGAGAGGUACAAGAACCGCUAACCUGCACAAACUGCAAUAAUAAGAACACCUUCGAAUUGUGGCACAACAACUGCUGCUUCUCUUCGAAGCAACUCAUCAAAUUGAGUGAAGUGACUGAACAUUUGAAACAGGGAGAGACUCCUCAGUCCAUUUCUAUAUAUGCGUAUGACGACUUGAUAGAUUAUACCAAACCAGGAGACACGGUAGAACUGACAGGCAUAUUGAAAGCCUCUCCUGUGAGAUUAAACCCGAGGUCCAGAUGUUACAAUAGUGUGCAUAGAACCUACAUCAACGUCAUACACAUUAGAAAGGAGAACAAACAGAAGAUGAAACUGACCGAGCAAAACGACACCGCGUCAGUUAUUUUAAAAAGAAAUGAUGAUGGUACUGUGGAGGAAAAUUUCGAAAAAUUAAAUGAACAAGGAAAUCUACUCUUCACCUCAGAAGUUAUUCAAAAAAUGCAGAAGCUCAGUACAGACCCAAAUAUAUACCAACGGUUGGUUGAUUCUAUAGCUCCAUCGAUUUAUGGUCGAGAUGAUAUUAAGAAAGGUCUCCUUUGCCAACUUUUCGGUGGAAGCAAAACUACAGAUAAAUUUAAAAAUAAAUACAGAUCAGAAAUUCAUAUUUUACUAUGCGGAGACCCCUCCACAGCAAAAUCGCAGCUUCUGCAUUACGUGCAUAAGUUAUCCCCAAGGGGUAUCUACACUAGUGGGAAGGGUAGCAGUAGUGUCGGUUUGACUGCCUUCAUUUCGAAAGACUCAGAGACGAAGGAGUACAUUCUCGAAUCCGGUGCAGUUGUCCUCUCCGAUAAAGGCAUUUGCUGUAUUGACGAAUUUGACAAAAUGGACGACUCCGCUAGGGCAAUCCUACACGAGGUUAUGGAACAGCAGACGGUUACCAUUGCCAAGGCAGGGAUCGUUGCAACACUGAAUGCUCGUACGUCCGUCCUUGCUUCUGCUAACCCGAUUAACAGUAGAUACGAUAAGAACAAAGCUGUUGUGGAGAAUAUCAACUUGCCACCUUCCCUUUUUUCAAGAUUUGAUUUGAUUUACCUCGUCAUAGAUCAGGCGAAUGAAGAGGAGGACAAAAAGCUGGCCACCGUUCUGUGUAAAAACUUUUCCUACGGAGAGAAGGACGGGUCAGACUCAGAGACGGAGGACGAAUCAGAUUCUGAGACGGACUCCCAAUCAGGUGAUGAGUUAAAAGCUCCUUCAGAGUUCGACGCGGGCAGUGAUGCAGAUCCACAGCAAAUGAGGAAGAAACGUAUGGGAGAUGACCAAACUGUUAGCCCCACUAAGGGGUGUAAAAAAAACUCCAAAAAGUACCUAGUCGAUUCGAACACCCUGGCGUUGUACAUUGCCUACUGCCGCAUAACGUGCAAUCCGAUCAUUUCGCUAGAAAGCAAAAAAAUUAUAAUUGAGGAAUACAUCAAAAUGAGAUGCAAGGAAGGCUCAAAGUCUCCUACGGCUAGCCCCAGACAGUUGGAAGGACUCGUUCGGCUCAGCCAAAGCUUAGCGAGAAUGAAACUCAAAGAUGUAGUCACCCCUGAGGAGGCCAACGAAGCUGUGCGACUCAUGAACAUUGCAACGUUUCAAAGUUUGAUAGACCCCCUAAGUGGCAGAAUCGAUUUCGAUCAAGUGAACCUAGGGCAGACAUCUCAACAUAAGAAGAAAUCGGAUCAAAUAAAGGAUAUCAUUAUGAAUGCUCUCGUUUUGAGGAACAUGACAAAGGACGAAUUGCUUUCACAUUGUCACGAGACCAUUAUGAAUAAUCGGGACUACGCCAUGGCUAUGGAUAGAAAGUCCUUCGAAGAGGCCUUCCACGACCUCGAACGAUCUCAGGAGAUCACACGGCUGUGUUCUGGUCUGUAUAAGAAGAAGUAG